AUGAAGAUCUGGAGCUCGGAGCACGUGUUCGGCCACCCAUGGGACACUGUCAUCAAAGCUGCCAUGAGGAAGUACCCGAAUCCGAUGAACCCCUGUGUCGUGGGAGUUGACGUGCUGGAGCGCAGUGUGGAUGGCCGGGGCCGGCUUCACAGCCACCGCCUCCUCAGCACCGAGUGGGGGCUGCCCGGCUUCGUGAAAGCGAUUUUGGGAACCAGUAGGACUUUGACAUACAUCAAAGAACAUUCCAUUGUGGAUCCAGUAGAAAAGAAAAUGGAACUUUGUUCCACCAAUAUCACACUCACAAACUUGGUGUCAGUGAACGAGAGGCUGGUAUACACACCCCAUCCGGAGGACCCUGAAAUGACUGUGCUCACACAAGAAGCCAUCAUCACCGUGAAGGGGAUCAGCCUCGGCAGCUACCUGGAAAGUCUGAUGGCCAACACAAUAUCAUCCAAUGCAAAGAAGGGGUGGGCUGCUAUUGAGUGGAUAAUUGAAAAUUCUGAGCACGCUGUGAGCUAA